AUGGCGCCAAUGUCGCAGGAGGAUCUUGAGUGGUUCAAGUCCACCUUUCGCCCCAUUCCCAAGCCAGAGAUUCCGGACGAUGCCGUUGAUUAUGCGCUAUAUCACAUCCCUUCUAGCCCCGCCCCCGCUACGCUCGACGAGGUUGCAGAAACGCGAGCGCGACUGGUCGAGGUGCAAAAUACUGCUGCGGAACUGAUAAAGGAUCUGUUGAAGGAUUAUAUCUGGCAGCGCGAAAGUUUUCGGCUGGAGAUCACCAAGGAUAACGGGGUAACAUCUUUGCAUGGGCGCACCAAUUUUGGAGACUCCAUCGAAGAUGAAUGGGUUAUUGUGUAUCUGUUGCGCGAAUUGACCAAGAAGCACAAGGAUAUAUGGGCCAGAGUUGUAGAUGGUGACGGACAAUUCCUCCUCGUGGAGGCCGCUGCCACAUUGCCUGCGUGGCUGGAGCCGGAGGUCGCUGAGAACAGGGUAUGGAUCAACAAAGGUGAACUCGUUAUCAUCAAGCCGAAAAACGAUAAGAAGGACAGAGUCACAGAGAAAUUGUCGUUUGCAGAUGCGAGGAAGAUCAUAAUGGAGGAACCCGCGCGACUCAUGCGCUCGACCAUGAUACAAGAGGAAGCAUUUUAUCGUCUCCGCAAUUACCCUCAACAAAUCAACGAGAACCUCCACUCCGCAUUGGUCACCAUUCCCCGCAAGGUCGCUUUCCUGCUACAUCAGAAACCAGCCUACAUAUCCGCGGCCGUGGAGGCCUUUUAUCUCAGAGACCCGAUCGCAUUACGGCCCUUGCGUUCGAAGAACAUCAGCAGCUUCAUCUUCAAGCCGGAGGGCUUCGUUACGGUCAGCGUGCGCUUCACCCGGGUCGGUUACGCACAGCUUAAAAGUCAAGACUUCCCCAUCCCCAAGUCCUGGGCUGAGAAGUUGCCGGCGAAGGAAGAUCAAACAGCCUACGGACGGGCAGAAAUAGGCAUGAAGCUGGCGUGCGGGUUCGAAAUGCUGCUCAAUGACCCUCAGAAUCAGGAUAAAGCCACAGUGAGAGAAAUGAACCUUAUUUUGGAAGAUCUGGAUACUGGAGAUGAACAAUUACCGACAGAUGAAGAGAUAAAAACCUGGGAUCGACAGGAAGAUGACGAGAAGUGGCUAGAUAUCAGCUUUGAGGAUUUAGACCAGGAACUGAAAGGCAAGGGAAAGGGCAACGACGACAAAUCGCGUGCACCGGGUGCUUUUGGUGACUCCAAUGCACAAGAGAACUUGCAGCGCAUCGUGGCACAGUUUGAAAAAUUCCUCAAUGACGACUCAGCUGGCUUUGAAGGAGCGGAAUUUAUCGAUGACUUCAGCUCGGACGAAGACGAUGAAGAUGAUGAAGAUGAGCUGAGCGAUGAGGGCGAAGACAAAGAAGCCUCAUUCAAUGAGGAGGAGUUUUCAAGAAUGAUGGCGGAAAUGAUGGGAAUGCCGUCUGGGUCAGGCCACGGUCAGAGGGGCGUAUUUGGGCACCCACCGCUCAACAGAGUGCAAGAGCUCGACAAUGAUUUCGAAGACGACACCGAGCAGAUCAAGGAAUUAUCAAGACAGAUGGAAGCGGAACUUCGAGGUACCGGAAUUCUUGACCUAAACCGCCGGUCUAAGGCAGCUCAAGAUCAGCGGAAACUUGGGGAGGGCAAAUCGGGCGAGGAAGAAGAGGAUGAGAUGCCAGAUCUAGAUGAGGGCGAUUCUGAUAUCAACCUUGCAAAGAAUCUGCUUGAGAGUCUCCAUGGUCAGGCUGGUGUUGCCGGGCCGGCAGGAAACAUGCUCUCCAUGAUGGGUCUCAAAAUGCCGAAGGAUGACCGCCAUCACUGA